AUGGGAGGUUAUAGACAAAAAAUCCUAGAGAAAGCAGAGAAAUACCUUCAUAAACAACUGGCAUCCGAUCCUUCAAGUGUACCCUCGACUACGGCUGAGGAGAAUGUGGAGGGUGGAUACAAAAAAUAUUUGAAUGAAGCCAUGGAAAUUAUGCAUAAAAAGGAUGGUGAAAAGCAAUUAGGCGAAGAUGGAAAACCAAAAAUUAGCGAAGAAGAUAACGAUAAAUAUAAAAAGUAUAUGACAAUAGCUUCUGGCUUGUUGGUCAAACACAUGCUUAAACGAAGGAAAAAAAAGAAAAGAGGAGGACAAAACGAAGAGGGCGAGGGCGAGGACGAAAGCGAAAGCGAAAGCGAGGAAGAGGAUGAUGAGGAUGAGGAUGAGGAGGAUGAGGAUGGAUGGCUUUCUAAAUUUAUGGAAGAGAUUUCAUCCUUAAUAGAGGAUUGA